AAAACACAUUCCUUUAAAAAAAAUUAAAAAAAAUUUUUACGACAUAGCCAAUGUUUCACUUUGUGGCUGUGGUAACUAUCGGAAAACACUAGAAAAAACUGAACAAGACAACAGUGCAACGUUAUGAGCGGUGAGGACUGGAAUAUGUGAACAUUGUACAGUGCUGGUGAUAUAUAACCCACCAUUGAAGAUGCCUGCGGUGUCCCGCGGGGCGAAGGACUUGUACCUCUCUACUAACCUGGGGGACCUCAACAAGAAAGCUGAAGUCAAGCCUGACAAAAUCAACACCAGGAGCUAUGUCCAGAGUGCCUGUAAGAUCUUCAAGGCUGCGGAGGAGUGUCGUCUGGAUGGAGACGAGGAGAAGGCCUAUGUUCUCUACAUGAAAUACCUAACGGUUUACGAUCUCAUCAAGAAGAGGCCCGACUUCAAGCAGCAACAGGAGUUCUUCCUGUCCGUGCUGGGGCCCACCAGCUUUAAAAAAGCCAUAGAAGAAGCCGAGAAACUCUCUGAAAGCCUUAAACUCAGGUACGAGGAAGUCGAGGUUCGCAAAAAGCUUGAGGAGAAAGAGAGACAAGAGGAGAAGAAAAGGAGGGAGGAUAAGACGGAGAAAGAUGGAGGGAGGGCAUCUCCAAAAGCAGGGAAAGAGAUCAAGAAGGUAAAAGAGCAGAAGGAGUUGAAAAAUGUAACUUCCAAAGCUGCGGUGUCAGCGGGAGGGAUCACAGCAGAGGGGUUGUUCAAGAUGAUGAGGGACCAGGCCAUUACGGUCAUUGUGAUGGACGCUCGCUGCCUCCGAGACUUCCAGGACUCACAGAUCCAGGUCCCCACCCAGACUGUCAUCAGUGUCCCAGAGGAGGCUAUCAACCCUGGCAUCACAGUGAACCAGAUUGAGGCCAAUCUACCUGAUGCGUCCAGAGAGACGUGGAAGAGACGGGGGUUCGUAGAUUACAUCAUCCUACUGGACUGGUUCAGCUCUGUUACUGACCUCAAACUGGGAAGCACCUUACAAAGCCUCAAAGAUGCUCUCUACAAGUGGGACAGUACCACUAUCCUGCGUAGUGAGCCCAUGGUUCUGGAGGGAGGCUAUGAGAGCUGGCUCCUCUUCUACCCCAUGUACACAUCCAACGCCAAAGUCAGACCGCCCCGAACACACAGCUACAGCACCCUCCCACAGCUGAACUUCAGCUACCCGUCACUGGAGGAGCCCAAACCUCCAACCCCUCCUCCCCCCGAGCCGGACCCUGAACCCCAGGCUCCCCCUGCCUCCCUGGGUAGCGUACAGGUGAACGGUGGCCCCCUGGAGGAUCUGACCCCCUCCCACCCUCAGACCCCCUCCACAUGGAUGGAGGCUGACGCCACAGACUCACCCCACACAGGGUUCACUCACCCUGGAGUAGACCACAGCAAGAAGGACCCUGGAGCCGGUCCAGGGACCCCCAGCCAGCCUGGAGGGACAGCCAAGCACAUCCCACAGAUCGACCGUACCAAGAAGCCAUCAGUCAGAGUCUCAGACGGGUCUAAAACCCCCCUGGAUGCCCUCCCCAGGGACCUGCCCCCCUCCUCCCAGAAUGGCCCGUCUGUACCCCAACCCAACCGCUCGGUCAAACCGGCCUUUGACCCGGCGGUGCCGCUGACGGACGAGGAACGAGGUCAGAUCCACACAGAGACGGCUGCUCUGAUGGAGAAGGCCCGGAGAGAGCAGGAACAACGCAAACAGGAACGCCGCACCGAGGAGGAGUGGAGAGAGAGGGAACGCCGGGAGAACCAGCAGAAGGAAAAUGAGGAGAUGGAGAGGAGGAAAGAGGAAGAGAACAGGACUCAGGAGAGGAAGAGGUUGGAGAGACACAAGGCAGAGGAGGAGAAGGAGAACGGGGUGAGGGAAGAGCGAGAGAAGAGGGGGAAGGAGCAGAGGGAGGAUACGCCGACCAACAGUGAUUCUCUGGACUCACCGGCUCCCAACCGUAUCGUCAGUGAGAUUAAGCGGGAGCUCCUAACCAGAGCCAGAAGUGAAGAGAUGGGGAGGAGUGUACCAGGCCUGCCUGUUGGCUGGAUGAAGUUCUUGGAUACUGUAACCGGUACCUACCGUUACUACCAUUCCCCAACCAACCGGGUGCACCGCUACCCCCCUGAGGUCAGCGUGCCCCAGACGCCCCCCUCCACCCCUCCUACGGCCAAACAGAAGCAGCCUCGCCCCGCUGAGCCAGACCAGACCAUGGACCGUGACCAGGAGCAGUCCAAACUGAAACGUUCCUAUUCUUCUCCAGACAUCAGCCAGGACCUGAGGGAGGAGGGGCUAAAGAAGGUUACCGCCCCUAUAACUGCAGCCACGCGCCCAACAUUUAACAGGGAGACCAAACCGUCCACUGCUAGCGUCUACACCAAGGUGGAGAUCGCCCGUCCGUCUGCGGCUAAGAUCCGCAACCUGAACCCUGUGUUCGGCGGUCUGGGCGCCUCGCUCACCGGCCUGCGUAACCUCGGUAACACCUGCUACAUGAACUCCAUCCUGCAGUGUCUCUGCAACACCCCGGCCAUGGUCGACUACUUCAACAAGAACCUCUAUCAGGAGGAUAUCAACAGGGCAAAUAUCCUGGGUCACCGAGGCGAGGUAGCAGAGGAGUUUGGUGUGAUCAUGAAAGCUCUGUGGUCAGGCCUGUAUAAGUGUAUCAGCCCCCGCGACUUUAAGGUCACUAUAGGGAAGAUCAAUGAAUCCUUCUCUGGCCAGGAACAACAGGACUCCCAGGAGCUGCUGCUCUUCCUUAUGGACGGACUCCACGAGGACCUCAACAAGGCUGCCAACCGUAAGGGUUACAUAGAGGAGGAGAAUGACGAUCUGGACGACCAGCGGGCUGCUGACCAGGCCUGGACCAAACACAAGCUGCUCAACGAGUCUGUCAUCGUAGCGCUGUUCCAGGGUCAGUUUAAGAGCACAGUUCAGUGUCUCACCUGCCACAGGAAGUCCCGCACCUUCGAGACCUUUAUGUACCUGACCCUGCCGCUGGCCUCCAGCAACAAGUGUUCCCUGCAGGACUGUCUGAAGUUGUUUUCUAAGGAGGAGAAGAUGACCGACCAGAACAAGGUGUUCUGUCGCCACUGUAAAGCUCUCAGAGACUCCGUCAAGAAACUGGAGAUCUGGAAGGUCCCGCCCAUCAUACUGGUUCACCUUAAACGGUUCUCGUACGAGGGCCGUUGGAAGCAGAAGCUACAGACCACAGUAGACUUCCCUCUGGAGAACCUGGACCUCAGUCAGUAUGUCAUCGGACCCAGACUCGGCCUCAAGAGAUACAACCUGUUUGGAGUGUCUAACCAUUAUGGCGGUCUGGAUGGGGGUCACUACACAGCCUACUGUAAGAACGCCAUGAAACAGCGCUGGUACAAGUUUGACGACCACGAGGUUUCCGAAAUCUCCACCUCCACCGUCAAGUCCUCCGCAGCGUACAUCUUCUUCUUCUCCUCUCUGUGAGGGCAGAGCUGCAACACUGCCAGGAGCUAUGAGGCUACAUAAAGGCUACAUAAAGGCUACAUAAAGGCUAGCUAACAUGCAAGCUGCUUUGACUCAGCUUCCUCUGCUGGUGGGAGAAAGGAACUGAACUGGCAAUGUUUUUGUUAACUGAACUGAACUGCCAGGGGCCAUACUUGUGAACUUUUGCUUAGAGCAUGGUAUAAACCAUUAGUCUAAAAUGGCUGCUAUCUGUUUCUCUCAGGCCAACCUGGCCAAAUUAGCCACAACGCUAAUUAGCCACCACGCUGAGGAAGGCCAGCUAAGUAGAUGAUUAUAUCCGAAUAAACAAAUCAACCUAUCAGAUAACUUAGAGCCACCAUCCAAUCACAUUUGUUCAUGAGGUAAAUUUGCUUCCAACUGAUUGGUUUAAUUUGUUACCCAUGGUCUGAGUGGAGUUUCCCCAAUAUAUGUUUUUGCAUGAUGCUUCCUUGACUAGGCAAGUGGCAUCAUAAAAAAAUGAUGGUUUUCGCAUAUAUGAUGAAGUUCUGUGUUGUUUCUUAUCCAUUUAACACAACUCCAUGUACUUUUCAAUUACAAACGUAGGAGGAUUAUAUUAUAACAUGUUUGUUAUACAUUGUCAAAGUGAUUUAUUUUUAAGGAGGAAAAUCAUGGUCUAAGCAGAAGUUCACAAGUAUGGCCAUGCAAGGUUUGUAGGUUUUUUGGAUACUGAACUGGCUAGGUUUGGUGGUUUUGGAUAACUGAACUGGCUAGGUUUGGUGGUUUUGGUAGACUGAACUAACAGGUUGAUAUGUGGAAAGACAGGGACACACUGUAGCGUGUGGUGGAAGGGUGGGUUAGUGACUGGGUGUGUGCAGGAAAGGGAGAGACGCAGGCACUCCGAUGCUUCAACUCAUAGAGGACUCAACAGCUGUUAAAACACCGUCUAUUCAUAUUAAACCAGAGAGCAGGGAGAGGGUUCCCUGUUAAAACACCGUCUAUUCAUAUUAAACCAGAGAGCAGGGAAAGGGUUCCCUGUUAACACACAACGUCUAUUCAUACUAAACCAGAGAGCAGGGAGAGGGUUCCCUGUUAACACACAACGUCUAUUCAUACUAAACCAGAGAGCAGGGAGAGGGUUCCCUGUUAAAACACCGUCUAUUCAUAUUAAACCAGAGAGCAGGGAAAGGGUUCCCUGUUAAAACACAGUCUAUUCAUAUUAAACCAGAGAGCAGGGAAAGGGUUCCCUGUUAAAACACUGUCUAUUCAUAUUAAA